GCCGUGUCUUGAGUAGGGGAUCAGCACGAUGAGUAUGUGCACGACACCAAAUGCAAUAGUUCCGGUCUUGGGUUUCACAGCAUUUGCCAAUCUCGAGCAACCUCGUUCAAUCCUGCGCCCACGUGGUGAACCUGUUGGGCGGAGAUGUUAGUUUCUUCGCCCUCGCCCUCCGCCGCCCUUCGGCCCUCUCCCUCCUCUCCUUCCACUUCUCAGCCCCAACCUCCUCUCUCUCCAUGCUCGACUUCCUUCUCGCGCCGCCUGUCGUCGACGUCAGCUGCCUUUGCUUAUCAUAGCCAGCAUUAUGACUCUGCCGCCGAUCGAUCUGCUGUGCCCGGUAGUCCUUUCACUCCCCGCUCCUCUCGUGUGGCCAUUGAAGAGCUCCGGUCAGCUCUGAAGAGGCACUCGGUUUCUACUCCGUCUGUCAGGCCCUCAGGGGACCUUCCUUGCGGUCGUAUGUCCGCCGGGCAGACCUCCCUUGGGGGCGGAAUUAGCGCCUCCGAGUCUGCUGCAGCUGCCUCCGCUGCAGCUCCCGGUCCUAACGCCGCCCUCCCCGAUUACCCCGACCAUCCUGCCAGUAACAGUUCGUCUGUUCCUGCAUCUGCCCCUCCGGCCCCAGCCCCCCCUCCCCAGAGCUCGCAAGCGCCCUCAAUGCCGGCGCCAACCAGCAACGCAGGGUCCAACAAGCGUAACAGCCCAAAUGAUUCUCCUCCUAGCCGUGCAGCGGCUGCGGAGCUAGAGAAUUUAGACCUCGAACGUUCGCAGUCAAAGAGACAACGCUCGGAUAAGCCCGCCGUUAAAUACCUUCCGGCUCGUUAUGAAUUCGCCAACCCCAAGGACCUAGUUUUCCUGAUCUCGAGUAUGCUGUUGGAGCUUAUUCGGUUUAAUGACAAGAUACCCUUGCACCAGGGUCGAUUGACACGUUUCCACUCACGCUCGCCUCCUCGGAUUUCAGUGCAUGACUACUUACAACGACUCACGACUCACGCGACCUUGUCUCCGCCCAUUCUGCUAAGUAUGGUGUAUUAUAUCGACCGGCUUUGUGCGUUAUACCCAGCCUUCACCGUCUCGAGCUUGACAAUCCAUCGGUUCCUGAUUACCAGUGCGACUGUUGCGUCCAAAGGACUCAGCGAUAGCUUCUGGACCAACAAAACCUACGCCCGAGUUGGGGGAAUCAGUAUGACCGAAUUAGCCCUUCUUGAACUAGAAUUUCUCUUCCGUGUCGAGUGGCGUAUCGUCCCUCAACCCGAGGUUCUUAAUGACUACUACCAGAGCCUGGCAGAAAGGUGCGAAGGGUAUGAGAUCCAAUCCAGUGCCUGAUUGGGCCAACCAAACCGGCUUUCCUUUGUGACUGGUAUACACGACGAGGCGUUGCAACAACCGGAAAUAGCACACAUAGGGGACUUGGAGUUUCUCUGCAUGCAUUAGAGCGCUCGACAGAGAGCAAGUCGUGUGGCGUGUCUGUUUAUACUGGGGCUUUAUCCUAAUUCUGCUUACGAUUCCACAUAUUUGCGUUUCAUUUUCCUGUGUUCUUAUAUCCCUCUGUGUUUUGUACAACUUCAUUCUCGGCGUUUCAGGUAGCA